AUGACCUCCUGGAGCUUGUUGCCAGUUGCCCUGGUGCUGCUCUGUUCCAGCUCCAUCUGCUCCCUGGUCUGUGACCUGACUCAGGGUCUCCAGGAAGACUUCUCACUUCUGAACCAAAUGAGCACAUUUUCCCUGGUGCCAUGUCUGAAGGACAGGACCAACUUCAACUUCCCAAAGGAAGCCAUGGAAGCAGUCAGCUUCCAGAGGAAGAUGCCACAGGUCAUUGUACAUGAGAUGCUCCAGCAGAUCUUCACCCUCUUCAGUCAGAAUGCUGUUCCCACCACCUGGAAUCAGAUCCAGGUCACACAACUUCUGAGUGGACUGAAUCAGCAACUAGAACAACUGGAGAACUGCCGUAGGCAGGAUGUGGAAUGGGAAGAAGCUUCUUUGGGAAGUGAGAAUGCCAGGCUUGCUCUCAAGAGCUACUUUCAAGGAAUAAAUCAGUACCUUCAAAGAAAAGGGCACAACCACUGUGCCUGGGAGAUUGUGCGCGUAGACAUCAGGAGGGCCUUCCUGUUCAUGAGUAAAUUCACAAGGAAAUUCAGGGACUAA